UUCACCAUCGCUUUCCUUUAUUCACCUCUCCCUCUGUCUCUCUCUCUACCAUCUGCUACUUUCAUCCUCAUCAGUCUCCUCAAAUGUUUUGAUAGGUAUACCGUACGGAACAAGUGUUACUUCAUCUGUCUCACAAGAGGAGCAGACCAGAGUUGUUUUCUUGACAAAGCCAUUGUCAUUAGAAAGCGAAACAAAUGCUGAUUUCAGAGCUCCUAAUAUACUUAAGCGCGUCCUAAGUCUAUUCAUAAAUGUCCGGCCAGGAUCAGAUCUCAGUCGCUUCCAGCUGUCUCCUCUCUUUAACACACCAAAGUCACACCUCCAAUGUUUCGGCGAAUCAGUGUACUGCAUUAAUAAUGAUAUGUUAGGGAAUUGCAACAAUGGGGAAACACCCAAGGACCGGUUCACGGCCGUUGUAUCCUGGAGUAUUUCUAUUUUGCGUCCUGUGAUUUUUGGAAUGGCUCCAUUCAACCCCAUUCUUGGAGAAACUCAUCAUGUGUCAAGGGGAAACCUGAAUGUCCUACUUGAGCAGAUUUCACAUCAUCCACCAGUCACUGCACUGCAUGCAACUGAUGAGAAAUCAAACAUUGAAAUGAUAUGGUGUCAGCAUCCUAAUCCCAAAUUCUAUGGUACUUCAGUGGAAGCUGAGGUGCAUGGGAAAAGGGAACUGAAGCUUCUGAAUCACGGAGAAACUUAUGAAAUGAACUCACCAAAACUCGUGAUCAAAUUCCUCCCAGUACCUUGGGUUAAUUGGGUCGGUGAACAUAGAAUCCGCUGUCAAGAGACUGGCCUUGAAGCUGAGUUAUACUAUGGAAGCAGUUCCUAUUUCGGUCUUAGGGGAAAUCCUAGAUCAGUCAAGGGAAAGAUCUUCUACUCAUCAUCCUUGGAGCUUCUUUAUGAGAUAGAUGGUCAGUGGGAUAGAACUGUGAAAUUGAAGGACGUCAGCAGUGGGAAAGAAACAGUUAUAUACAAUGCAAAAGAAGCCAUCUCAGGGCUCAAAGCUCCUGUUCUUACAGAUCCGAAGGGUGUCUGGCCAAGUGAGUCAGCUGUGGUCUGGGGUUUGUUGAGCCAAGCCAUUCUAAACAAGGACUGGGGAAGAGCAAGAGAAGAAAAGAAAGAAGUUGAAGAAAAACAAAGGGAGCUAUCUAGACAGAGACAAUCAAGAGGUGAAACUUGGGCUCCUCAGCAUUUCAUUGUGAACUAUAGCAAAGAAGUUGGAUGGGAUUGCUCACCCAUUCACAAGAGGGUCCCACCAGCCCCCAUAUCUGUACCCAUCUCAUAAGUUACUAAUUUGCAUCAGCAAUCAGAAAACUUAUUGGUUUUAAACUCUUAAUCUUCUAAAUUCAGACUUAUGGUUGUGAUGGUGGGACUGUUGUUACUAGCUAGAUGAACAACAACCUACCUGUGUGUCGAUUAAAUGUUUUCGAUACAAGUAGAUGAAAGAAACUCACCAGACAGUUGGUUGAGAAAAAAAUGGCACCCCAUUUACUUGUGGCUGAAGAAGUGAAUUGAAGUUUCAG